AUGGAUUAUAAGAAGCUCAAUAAUGUUACAAUUAAAGAUUCAUUCCCAUUGCCCAACAUGGAACAAACUUUACAACGACUGGGCGAAGGAUAUCAUUUUUUUACAAAAUUAGAUUUCAAAAGCGGAUUUUGGCAGAUUCCUAUCAAGAAGGAAGAUCAAUUUAAGACGGCAUUUAUUACUCCGUUUGGUUUAUAUCAAUUCAAUAUCCUUUCCCAGGGUUUAAUGAAUUCAUCGCCAACUUUUCAACGUGUUAUGUCAACAGUAUUGCAAUCAUGCCGUCAAUUUUGUCAAGUUUAUUUGGACGAUAUUAUCAUAUUCUCAAGAACAGUGGAAGAACAUUUAGAUCAUGUACAGAAAGUUUUAGAAUGCUUAAAUCGCAACAAUUUGAAACUGAAUCCACUAAAAUGUUCAAUAGCACAAUCAAAAAUUAAUUAUCUUGGCCACACAAUUACAGCAUCCGCGAUUAUCCCAUUGAAUGAUACGAUUAAUGCAAUAUUGAGAAUCGCAGAAUAUAAUAUCGAACAGGUCAUUCAUAUUAAAGGACGACAUAACUGCUUACCAGACUAUAUGUCAAGAAAUUCAGUAGUGGAUUUCGACGGUCUAAUGGAUAUUGACUACGGCCUCGAGGUAAAACGUCCAGUCAGUGGCCUGAUAAGUGUCACAACAAGAACUAGGGCAAAGGCACAAAAAGUUGCCACAAUAGAUCAGGGAGAUCAAUCACUCACAACUCCGCAUGCAACAUCACUAGAUAGAUCUAACACAAGUCAUAAGUUGCAGGAUCAUUUCGAUCUUACGAAAUUGCAAGAAGAACAAGAUAAAGAUCCGGUGAUUCAACAGAAAAUUACGGAAGUCCAGGCCGAUCCGAACCGACAUCCAUAUGUAUUACAGGAUAAAAUUUUGUAUAAACUAUUAUCUAGAAAUCGUGGUGGAACAAAGUUAAAAUUAAUUUAUUUACCAUCAUCAAUGAUAAAGCCUGCUCUUCGUGCUUACCAUGACCAUCCAACAGCAGCACACUUUUCGGCUCAAAGAACGUACGGUAAGAUGAAAUUUAAAUAUUGGUGGCCCGACAUGCAGAGAACAAUCGAAGAUUAUGUAAAUUCAUGCUUGGUGUGUAAACAACACAACCAUAAUAGACAAAAACCACAUGGACAUCUACAUCCAAUUCCACCUCCUUCCGGCCCCUUCCAAGUCAUUGGAAUAGACUAUUGUGGCCCGUUUAUUACAACUCCAAAUGAAAAUAGAUAUGUAUUGUGUAUUACAGAUCACUUUACAAGGUGGGUUACGGCUGUAGCUCUUCCGGACAGUAGCGCGCAAAGAACUGCACAAGCGAUUUUUACUGAAUAUGUAUGUAAAUAUGGAGUGCCGACAACGAUGAUAUCUGAUUGUGGCUCUCAUUUUCAGAACCAGUUGAUGACAGCAUUAUCACAGUUACUUGGACAUAAUCAUGUUUAUUCAACAACAUAUCACUCACAGACAAAUGGCAUGGUUGAGCGAUUCAAUGCAACAUUCGUCCCGCAAUUAGCUAAACUUCAAGAUCAAGAAUCAAACAAUUGGGACGAAUUCCUUCCUGCUGUGGUAUUUGCAUAUAACACCGGACAACACUUUACAGCUGGAUAUUCACCAUUUAAAUUACAAUAUGGACAAGAUCCAAAGUUACCACCAGAUCAACCACCGAAGAUGAUUAUUUUUAACAAACCAUCUGAUUAUUUUCAGCAGCUCAAGAAAAAUUUAAAAAUUUACCAUCAACUUGCCAGUCAGAAUAUGCUACAUCAACAACGAUUAGCAAAGAACCGAUAUGAUAGAGGGAGAAAAGAUCCCAAAUAUAAAAUUGGUCAAUUAGUACUAACAAAAAUACAAGGUGUUAGAUCCAAAUUGGAUGAAAAGUAUUCAAAAGUACCCUCCAAGAUCAUUAAUGUUAAACAUCCAGUUUAUUGGGUGGAAGAUGUCAACACACACGCAAUAGCAAGAGUACAUAUGCCUUCAUUAAGCAAAAUUUCUUCUUGGUAUUAUGACCAUAAAAAACAAUUAUUUAAUGAAGAACAACGUCGUAGAUAUCCAACGUUUAGAUUUACAACAAUUACAUCAACACAAGAAAAAGUUGAAAUCGUACCACAAAUUUAUUACAUAAAUCAACAGACAAAAUCAGCAAUCAAGUACUUGAUUGAUACUAUUAGGGCCUGCAAAAUAACAUCGUUUAUUUUGGAUAUAGAAUCGGAUCCGUCAACAAAUCCAGCAAAACCGUCAAUGAUUCAAAUUACCGAACACAUUUUAUUAGCGGAUGAUGAAUUAGUUUUAGCUGCUCCACAGGAUAGUUUGGAAUUUAAUCAUGACCCAGACCAUCCAUUGUACACAUGUGAAUUUCGGCCUUACAAAGAUCCUCACAAUCCAAAUGCUUGGUCACUUCAACGUGCAAUCGCCCUUGGAUUUGAGAAAUUCUUAGAUAAGGCGUACACAUGUGCUAAAUGGUCUGGUGGAGUUGAUCUCAAACUUGGAACGUGGAAAUUUAGUGAUCCUGUCCUCCGUUCCCAACAGGAAUUAUUACGUCGUAAAAUGGAACAAUACGCAGCGAACGAUGUGGUAUCAGUCUUAUAUAUUUUUCAACACAUAGAAUCACAUCUUAAGAACAGUACAAAAAUUAGUAUGACCGAUCCAGAACCGAUACAACUGCCACAGCAACAACAAACAUCGUCAUCAUCAUUUACAAAUACGUCGGUGAAACUCAUACCUGUUCGACAUAAUAAUACCAACACAACGAAUAUGUACGAUAGUGACACACAGCUUGUCCAAGCGUGGCGCUGUGACAAUUUUGACACAAUAAUUUGA